AUGUCUAUCCCAAACGAAGCUUUACAGAAGGUCCUCCAGGAGCUCGAGACCCGUCUCGUGAGCUCGCAACAGCAGAUUGGCGUCACCAAGGCGCAGAUCACGGCAAAACAAAGAGAUAUUCGCUUGUUGGAGUUAACUUCGAAGGAGAUUGGGACCCUGCCUAAAAAUACUCCUGUUUACGAGGGAGUGGGAAAGAUGUUCAUGAGCGUCCCGAUGAACACGAUCGACGAGCGCCUAACAACCGAGAGCACGGAGUUGAAAUCGGAUAUCUCGAGUCUGGAGAAGAAAUUGGCGUCUUUGGAGAUGACAAAUAAGAAUAGUCGAGAGAAUCUCGAGCGGAUUCUGAAAUCAGGAGAUAGGGCGUGA